AGCAACAGUAAGAGGAGGAAUCAUUUCUAGUUGAGGUCAGCUGGUGUUUUAUAACCAUUAAAUUGCUUUAACGUAAAACGAUGGAAGGCAACUAUAUAGAGUGACAUUCUCUGUGCCUUUACACCGACUUUAAAACAAAUUCCCAAACAAUACGAGCGCGUUUCUUUGGACAAGUUAGCCCUGUUUUGGUGCCAUGUGAGAGAAACCUUUGCUGGAGGAGGUGACAUGCUUGCCACACAGAUGCCAGAAAAGCAACCGGAGGCGAAAGAAGCCAAACAGAUCAAAGAGAAGUUGGCCCAGUCUCUUAAAGCCCUUCAUAAACGAUAUGUGGCAUCAGAUGAUGUGGUCACCAGUGAAGACGGGGAUGCCAACCUCCUCUGCUCUGCCCUGGAGGCCAUUUUCAUCCAUGGGAUCAAGAGCAAGUAUAUCCGCUCCGAAGCUGGAGGCUGGAGUCGGAAGGGAGACCGAGGAGUCCUCCCUCAGCCUUUUUUCUGGAGCCUCCUCAAGACAGUCACCCACCGUGACGUGAUCACAGAGCUGGAGAAGAUCAGCUACCUCGGCACAGAUGUGGGCCGCUGCAGAGCAUGGCUGCGGUUAGCUCUGAACCACGGCCUUCUGGAGUGCUACCUCACAUCUCUGUUUCGGGAGGACUCAAAGCUGCGAGCCCACUAUCAACCCAAUGCCUUGCUGCUGAAUGAAGAAGACAGGGAAGUUCUGCUCAGCUACCUCCAGGGUCUGGCCUCGCUCACAUUCAGCUUGUCGUACAAGUCGGCUGUCCUUAAGGAGUGGACCACCACGCCUCUGGCUCUGGCUGGACUCUGCCCACUGUCCCAGGCGGACACCCUCAAUGGCUUUGAGCAUCUCGCCUCCAAGCCGGGACGUAAGGAGUCCUGGGACACUCUAUCUCAGUCAUCGGGUUCAUCUGAUCCAAUGGAUGCACAGAGAGCUCUUUCAAGUGGAGCAGAGAUUUUGCAAGGAGAAAAGACAGCUCUUUACUCAUCUAGUUUGAGUCUGGACACCACAGGGUCCUCCCAGCUUUCCUCCAGUUUGAGUUCCGAUAGCCUCCUGCAAGGACAGGACCCCCGCAGCCCGACCGCAGAGCAUUGGUCUUCAGGUGACCUGGACGCACCCAUAAUUGUCAAAAACGGCAGCAAAAGAAGCCAAAAAGAUGUGCUGUCUGAUUUCCGGGGAAAGGGACAGUUCAGUCAGGACUCCAUGCGUGAAGACUCAUUCAUCUCCAGCACAAGUGGCGAACCAUUGUCAGAGAACAUGACAUUCAGCGGCUCAGAUAGCGAGAUCCAGGACCACGAUAUGUCAUCCCUAAAUCCUGCAGAACAGCUCCAAAGUUCUGAUCCAGAGCCUCCCACACCCUCUGCCCAGAUACCACCCUGUGACGAGCCACCUGAGGUCCAGGCACCAAAUGAAAUCUGCAACAGCGUAUCGUCCGAUUUCUGCUCAGAAACAGCCCCGAUCUCCUCUGUUACUGAAUCCAACAAACCUGAAGAGGAAGAACAUGUGGCUGUUGUUCAUAAAAGCACAGAGCCAAUUCAGGAAAUGAAGCAAACGGGCGGCUCGGAGCAGAACGGCUCUGAAUCACAAACGCACAAAGGACCACAGCGCUCAGCGAGCAUAGUGAGCAGGAAACUCUCCACGGAUUCACUUUCACAUUCACGUUCUUGGAUUUCUGAGGAUGACAUCUACAAGCCUCACCUUGAAGAGGUGCUUGAUAAUGAGGAGCUGUCUCCCACAGCUGAUCUGGAGGCCUCCCAGCCUCCUCCCAGUGUGGUCCAUCGCAGACAAAUAGGGCUUUCCAAUCCCUUUCGAGGCUUGCUAAAACUCGGCCACUUGGAACGGCGAAGCGCGAUGGGAUUAUGGCGCGACUACUACUGCGAACUCUCGCCCUUUGAGUUCCGGAUGUAUCUGAAUGCAGAGGACCGGGAAUGUUGUGAAAACUGCUCGCUUCUGCGGUGUGAAGACAUCCGUAUCACAUCAUCAGAGGGCCGCUUCGAGUUGACUUUUCCAGGAAAGCGGUUUUACCUCCGAGCAGCCAAUCAGGAUGAAGCCGAGGACUGGGUGGAUCGCAUAAUUGAGGCCGUGAACAAAUGUCGACCAGCACCACACGAUGAUGAGCAUUGGGAAGUUCUGAAGCCAUCUGAUGAAAAUGGAGCAGAUGAGCGCACAGUUUUAUCUCCAUCCUCUGCUCCCUCAAGCCCCGAGCGACGCUUGUCGUUAAGCGAGACGGCUCCUCCUCCGCAGGAGUUUGACUGGACUCAAACCACAGACUUGGAAACGGAUGCUAUAAAAGAAGCGGUUUUGUAUCUCUCUACAGAUUGUGAAGCCAGGACAUGGGCCCCUCUGGUUUUCUCCCUUUCCUUAGAGAACCUGAAAGGCUUUCGGGUUCAGGAGGGAAGGAAGGUGUUGUGGCUAAACCAUCCCGUCGCUGAAAUCAGGGACGUGGUUCCAGAUGUCUCUUUGGGAGGACCAGCUUUUUUCAAAGUCCUGACAGUGAGAGAGACGCUACGAUUCAGGGCAGAGAACCGAGACGAAGCUCGCUCAUGGAGGGAUCUAAUCCGUGGCGCUCUGGACUCAUACUUGGAGAGUGGAGAGGACGGAACUCCUGAUGAGCAGACUCCAGUUUGGAGCACUGGGCCGACUGGUAAUCUGCACAGACUGGUGCAGCAUAGACUGAAAGAAAACGGGCCACUUCUGGUCCAUCUGUACACAGUGCCAUCAGAAAAGGGGCUGGAUGCUCAGGGCUUUAAAUGCACAGGCUGUCCGCAGCAGAUUGGCCCAUCCAGAGGCAGAGCUAAGCUGUGUGAGUUUACAGGCCGGUACUUCUGUGACUCCUGCCACAAGGGGGACACCACCAUCAUCCCAUCACGCAUGGUUCACAACUGGGAUCUCACUCAUAGAGAGGUGUCAAAGAAAGCUCUGAGUCUGUUGGCUCACAUAGAGCAGGAGCCUCUGUUGAACCUGGAUCUGCUGAAUCCGGAGCUGGUGAAUCAUGCCGAAUCCAUGGCUCAGGCCCACAACCUGCGACAGAGGCUGCGUCUGCUCGGCGAAUACCUGCUGACCUGCCGCAGCGGGGCCCUCAAGAAACUUCACAGCAGAAUGGGGCAGCGAACCUACCUGCUGGAGUCGAGUCAUCAAUACAGUGUCCUUGAUUUAAGACAGAUAGCAGAGGGCCAAUAUGCAGCCUUCCUGAUCUCCCUGGUGCAGCACGCCUCUAAUCACGUGUUAAACUGCGACCUGUGCUCUCAGCGAGGAUUCAUUUGUCAGAUAUGUCACUCUGAUGACAUCCUCUUCCCCUUCCAGUUUGACUGCACCACCAGGUGCAAUGAUUGUAAAGCAGUAUUUCACCUCUCCUGCAAGUCUGCUAAGAACGCAUGUCCUCGCUGUCAGCGCAUGAAGAAAUAUCUGGAGAGAGAUCUGCAGGACUGAGAAAUGGAGCAACAAUUUUGCAUUUGGUUUAAUUACCAACAUGGG